AUGGAUCGCAUCCGACGAUGGAUCGCUCCUCCUACCGCGGAGUAUGAGCCCAUCCAUGAGGAGCCUGCAGGUUACGGCGAAGAUCUAGAUACACCUCUCGGGGCAUCACAGUCAAAUCCGUCUUUCUCAAGGCCAGUAUACUGGGUGUUCUUUAUCUUAGGGGUUUCCAUGCUAUGGGCUUGGAAUAUGUUUCUGGCAGCUGCACCAUUUUUUCACCAGCGAUUUCAAUCGGAUGAAUGGGCUACAACUCACUACCAGUCAUCUAUACUGACUGUAUCGACGAUCACCAAUCUAGCUUCCGUGUUCAUCCUCGCGAAGCUCCAGGAGUCAGCAUCAUAUCCGAAGCGAAUAAUAGUAUCGUUAAUGAUCAAUAUUGUCGUUUUCACUUUACUCGCUUUCUCUACUCUGUUGCUCAAGGAUGCCUCGGUCUCGAUAUACUUUGGAUUCGUGAUGGUGAUGGUGUUUGGGGCUAGCAUGGCCACAGGAAUCAACCAGAACGGAGUUUUCGCGUACGUCUCCGGAUUUGGGAGGGAGGAAUAUACCCAGGCAAUAAUGAGCGGCCAAGGAGUAGCCGGUGUACUGCCGUCUCUAGCUCAAAUGCUCUCCGGCCUUGCCCUGCCAGAACAUGGUGACAAGCAGACACCAGAAGCGUCCUGGAAAUCAGCCUUCGGGUGCUUCAUGACGGCAACAGGCGUCUCAUGCCUGACACUCGUCUCGUUUGUCUGGCUCACAAAGCAGCAGUCCCUGCACGUUAUAGACGAUCAGUCCCAAUCAUCCAGCGCGGAUGACCCAACACCAACAAAGACCGCGAGUCUCUGGACUCUCUUCUCGAAGCUCCGCCUCUCCGCUAUCUCAAUCUACCUCUGCUUCACGAUAACAAUGAUUUUCCCUGUAUACACUUCUCAGAUUGAGUCCGUUAACAACAACUCAACUACUUCGCGCCUCUUUCGAGCAGCCGCCUUCAUCCCACUCGCGUUCUUUUUCUGGAACGCGGGCGACCUACUCGGCAGGACGCUGGUCAUUAAUCCACGCUACUCAUUAGCCCACCGUCCUUGGGCUCUCUUUACCCUCGCCAUCUGUCGCGUGGGAUUCAUCCCCCUCUAUCUACUGUGUAAUGUCGGCGGGCGGGGCGCCAUAGUAUCUAGCGACUUCUUCUAUUUGUUCAUUGUCCAGGGUCUGUUCGGGAUAACGAACGGGUACCUGUCGAGUUGCUGUAUGAUGGGAGCAGGCUAUUUUGUCUCCGCGGAGGAACGUGAACCUGCUGGUGGGUUUAUGAGUCUCAUGCUUGUUGCUGGUUUAGCGACGGGAAGCUUAUUGAGUUUCCUUGCUUCUGGAGCAUAA